GUGAGGCGUGAGACGAGGCGUGAGCAGCGGCGUGAGAGGGCCGCCACCGUCCGCUGCGCGCACUGCGCCGGCGACUCCGACGCCCGCCAGUCGGCAGGAAGCUAGCACCGGCGACUGCAGCGUACGUGCGGUAGUGGCGAAGGCACCGCCGCGGACGGCGCGCGGGCGACGGCGUGCGGCGAUCGCAUAGAGGAACAGCGGAGCGGGAAGUGAGGCGGUGUAUGCCGACAGUGCAGAGGCGGCGGCGGUGGUGGGUGAAAACGACGGUGAAUGGGAAGAGCGCAGACCGAAACUGACCUGUGAAUGGGACUCCGUGGCGGCAUCAUGGCAUUCGUGGCGGCGGGGAUCGUAUUGUUCGUCGCGGGAUUCGACUGCGCGAACGCUUGUCGCCUAGGGACGCCGGGGGAGCCGUCCCGGUUCGAGCGAGUGCCGGAGAGUCUGGAGCCGGGAACCCACGUGCUCGUGUUCGAGGUGGACGGAGCCGACCGGCUGACACUGCGACCCAUCUCCAAGGACGAAGACUUCACCGAGUUUUUCCGACCGGCCAUGAUCACCAACGACACGGGUGGCGUGGUGGUGGCUCAGCCUCUGACGUCAUUGGUUCAACGCCGUGAGCCCGUGUCGGUCGUCAAGUUCCGCGUGCUCUGCGAAAGCCCGUCGCCCUUCACAGGCUCGGACUCGCUGCUGGUCACACUCUACAUCGAAGACGUCAAUGACCAUCCCCCGGUGUUCGUCGGUGACCCAUACCAGGUCACUGUAGACGAACUCACCCCAAAAGGAAUGAUGAUUUACGACGGCAUCAUGGCAAGGGACAAGGACAAGGCCAACACCGCUAACAGCGACAUCUACUACUGGAUAUCGAACGGCAACGAGAACCUGAAGUUCAGCUUGUCGCCGCUACCCCGAGGCGGCGCUGCAGUCGUACUCGAGAAACCGUUCGACUUUGAGAACGGCGACAGGGAAAUGAAUUUAACCAUCACAGCUUCGGACCGCGGCGCCCCGGCCCGUCUAAGCCGGGCUCAGCUGACGAUCUCAGUCAAGGACGGUGACGACCAGCCGCCCCUUUUCACCGCUGCCAUCUACCGGGCCAGCGUCACCGAGUAUCCCGGCCCCCAGAUGAGAUCCCUUCAGCUCCUUCUGCGCACGGAGCCACCAAUCCUGGCCUACGACGGCGAUCUGGCAAUCGACCAGCGGCUUAACUACCGUAUUCGAUCUGGCAACACUGGGCAACAUUUCAGCAUGGACUCCGCCACCGGCGCCCUGACGCUGGUGAAAACUUUCGACCGCGAGCAGUUAGAAAACGACGAGGUCACGCUGACGGUCGAGGCGUGGCAGACGGACGACAGGUCAAGGUCAGCGCGCGCCACCGUGGUGGUGACGGUCACUGACCUCAACGACAACCGGCCCGACUUCCUCGUGGACCGCUACAACAUCAGCAUCAUCGAGAACCUGCUGCGGGGCUUCAGCAUCGUCCAGGUCCGCGCCACGGACGCCGACAAGGGGGACAACGCCAACUUCACCUAUAGCCUGGACGACCCCUCGGGAGCAUUUGGACUCAACCCGGUAACAGGAUGGCUGACGGUGGCGGAUCAGUCCAAGUUGGACCGCGAGGAGCAGUCGCAGCUGAAAUUGGACAUUUACGCCGACGAACUAACUCCGAGUGUGUUGAGAAGGCAAUCAAGGUCUUUCACAAAGGUGAUCAUCAAUCUGUUGGAUUCGAAUGACAACAACCCGAAGUUCCUACCAACGAACACGUACCAGUUUGUCGUGGAUGGCAAUAGCUCUCUUCGCAGGGUUAUUGGACGGGUGGAAGCCACCGAUCCCGACGAGGGCGUCAACGGCCGCGUGACGUUCUCAUUCGAGAACAACACGCUAACGGGCGGCCAGCCGGCGUUCUCCAUCUCCUCCUCGUCGGGAGAACUGCGCCAGCGGCGCCCCCUGCAGGCCGGCUCCUACGUGCUGUUCGUGCGCGCGGAGGACGCGCCGGUCACCCGCGGGGAGACUCGCAGCGCGCUAGCUGUGGUGACUGUGCUGGUGCGGGUCAGAAACGUCCGUCCACCCAGCGUCCCACCCGGUCAGCGGCUGUGGGUGGGCAAAGACGUGACACCGGGGUCACGCGUCGGUCAGCUGGUCGUGGAAGACCCCGACGGAGACGACCUGACCUUUCGACUCAGAAAUGCAACAGUUCCCUUUGAUGUGGAUAAUGACACCGGGGUUAUUCGAGUCUCUUCGCCAUUGGAUGAAACAGAACAAUCCAAAUACAGCCUUGGUAUCGACAUUACCGACGGAACGCACCUAACGACAUCUAUUAUCGACAUCUUAAUCGUACCAGAAAACGCGGAAGAAUCAUUCGAGAGCGCAUCACUAGCGUUCAAUGUAACGGAAAAUCUCAGCAACAUCACUGUCGGCAUGCUUCUUGACGAAGAUGAACGUCCUGUAGAGUUCUUGGAAGCAAAAAUUUUGAAUCCAUCGCUAAACGACACGUUUCAAGUAACCUCCGAAGCAGAACUUCGGCUGAUAAAGUCGUUGGAUUUUGAGGAGCAUCGUCAGCUCUCAUUCACCGUCGUCCUACAGUACCGACGGCAUCGGCAACAUCACGUGCGUGCCGCCGCCCUCACCGUCAACGUACUAGACGCCAACGACAACGCACCGCGCUUCAGCAGCCGGCAUUACACCGGCGUCGUGGCCGCCGACGCCGCCGCUGGCGAUCUGGCCACCGUGACCCCGGCCAUCAGGGUCAGCGAUGCGGACGAGGUGCGCAGUGAGCUGGAGUUCCGCCUGACCGGCUGCGAGGGCGCGUUCGAAGUCAGCGCCCUGGCGCUGGUGAGCGUGGUCGCGACUCAGUUUGAGCGGGAAGUGUUCGAGUGCGAGCUGGAAGUCACGGACGAGGACGGCUUGCGAUCUAACAGCUCCUUGACCGUUCGCAUCGAGGACUGGGAACCUCGGAGGAAUCCGGAUGUAGAGGAGGUCACGGAGCUGACCCCCGCGAGCGGCCUCAGGCGCACUGAAAGGGUCGGCGACUGGCACAACGAUCCGCAGCGGAGAGAUGAUAACUCUACAGAUGGAGGAGAUGUGACGGAGGUGUGGCCAGGCGGUGGUGAAGCUGGUGAAGCCGGCAGUGGCAGACACUUCGCUAUCGACUUCGAGAAAAACCUGGUGCGAGUGGUAAGGCCGCUGCGCAGUGCCGGCCAGGUCGUCCUCAGAAUCCAGUCGCAGGAGGGCAGCAAGCGGAAGGACCUGCUGAUUCUCAUGGUAGACGUGGUGCUUGUCAAACAGCCCGAGCUGGUCAAGCACAACCUGACAUUCUCCAUGGAUGAGGGAGAAUACACGGACGUCGAGGUGGGAACGGUACAACUGACGACGUCGCCGGAGAGCGACCGCGUGCUCUUCAGCAUCCCCAGCGGCGACAGCUCCUAUCGGAUCACCCAGGACGGCCGAAUCUUCCUGUCGGGGAAAGUGGACUCAGAGCGCUCCACCGUGGCGCGCGUGCCGAUCCUGGCGUGCCGCCAGCUGUGCAUCGACCUGGCAUCGAGCUUACCGCUGGAAGGAAGCGUACAGGACGCCUGCCGCGGAUCCUGUGCCGCCGCAAAUGUCACGCUGCUGCUCCGCGACCUCAACGACAACAGCCCCGUCUUCACGGGCGUCAGCGACGUGGUGACGACGUCGCGCGGGCUCCAGAACGAACCGGACGCGCCCGCCGUCCGCUUCAAGAUCCUCACGCCCAGCGACGACUUCGUGAUCGGCGCGGAGACCGGCACGGUGACGGCCGCGCGUAAUGUGACCUCGCCUGCUGGCACCGUUCUCCGCCUGACCCUGGCGGCCUAUGACCUGGGUUCGCCCAGCCAGCGCGCGUUUGCCGUGUUGGAGCUAACCGCCACGGAAGGGAGCCAGGUGGAAAUGGCGCGAGCAUUCGACCGGCGCUUCGGUCCGCUCGACCACGAGCAGACGCGGGAGGUGUGGCUGCUGGUAACGACAGACCUGCUGCCGGCCAGCUCUGACGCGUACUUGACCCCGGCUGCUGAAGGUCAGCCCCCGUCGCCUCGCAGAGCGCCGCCGAACUCCGCCGACCGCGGAUCGAGCGCGGACGAGCUACGCUAUAACCAGGCCCUGAUCAAGAUCGUCGUGGUGGAUGUGAACGAUCACUGGCCGCGGUUCAAUGUCACCGACCUGCCCUCCAUUGUGGGCGUGCCUUACGACGCUGGUUACGGCUUUGAAGUCAUGCACAUGGAGGCAACCGAUGGCGACAAAAACGACAAUAUAUCAUACUCGCUCAACGCCACGGACCGACAUGUACGGGCCAUGUACAGCAUAGACCCGACAAACGGGCAGGUGUGGCUGCUGCGUCGGGCGGACGACACGGCGCAGAGGAUCCACCGUCUCCAGAUCCUCGCGACAGACACGGCCAACCACACCACUCGCGCCAAGGUUCUGAAUCUGCACUUCCGACUGUAG